GUUCUUUCCCCCGGUUCGCCUCUCUCGGGUUCACACGGGCUUACUCGCUCUGCCAUCCUUUCUCGAUCCGAAGAAGAAGCAGCAGAGGUGCCGAGAGUAGAGAGGUCGAGGUCGGAGAUGGGAGGCGGUAACGGCCAGAAGUCCAAGAUGGCGCGCGAGAGGAACGUAGAGAAGAACAAAGCCGCCAAGGGGAGCCAGCUGGAAACCAACAAGAAGGCCAUGACCAUCCAGUGCAAGGUAUGCAUGCAAACUUUUAUGUGCACCACAUCAGAAGUAAAGUGCAGAGAACAUGCUGAAGCAAAGCAUCCGAAGUCUGAUGUUUACCAGUGCUUCCCCCACCUUAAGAAGUAGUAGCAAGCCAGAAGGGAGCAGAUCUAGAUUGUAGUUAUUAUUAGGUAUGGAUAAUAUAAAGGGUGAAGACUUCAUUGAUUGGGACUGUUAAAAAUGUGUCGACAUCCCAUCUGUUGUGUUUUGAACUAAAAAAAGAAAGUGCCGUGUGCUUCUGUGGACCAAAAUGUUGUUGUGCUUUUUCUGAUUCCACCGUAGAAUGAUCUAAAAUUCGCUGUUGAGAACAUGUCAUCGUGGUUUUCCUCUUUGUAAGCAUCAAAUUUGUUGUGAAGGAAGCAUUGUUAAGACUUCA